UCAAGAACACAGUUGCAUUGCACCCAAAUUCCGCCAUGCCAAUGGAAAAUUUCCCCCACUUUUAUUUACACUCUCUUUGAAUCCUCAGUCAAACCAUUUUCUCUUGUUUUUCCGUUCAAAAUUAUUCUCCAUUAUACACAGCCUUUCACCUUCCUUCUCAUUUCCUUCUUCUUCUUCCUCCAUUGUUAGUUAUAACCUCAAAGCUCUCUGUUUCUCUGUUUUUCAGCUCGUUUAUAACAUCUGAUUUGUUGAGAUUUCUUUUCUCCUUUUCUCUGUGAAUUCCCUUCUGGGUUUUGAUCUUUGAGUGAUUUUAAGAGAUGGGUUUGAGUUCAAAACAGGUUUCAAUUGAUGGAUUUGAUUGGAGCAAAGCGCUAAUGCAAGCACAGAAACUGGAGCUUCCAAAAUUGGCUCCAAGCUCUGGCGUGAAACGAUCACAACAUCAGAAUCAGAUUCAAAUUCAGCCACAGAUAGAGCAAUUGAAGUGCCCCAGAUGUGAUUCAACCAACACGAAGUUCUGUUACUACAACAAUUACAACAAAUCUCAACCUCGCCAUUUUUGCAGAGCUUGUAAACGCCACUGGACCAAAGGUGGAACUCUUCGAAACGUCCCUGUUGGUGGCGGCCGUAAAAACAAGCGUCUCAAAAAGAAACCAACCACCAACUCCAAAAAAUCUUCCUCAUCCACUGCUGCCACCACUGCCGCCGACUUGAUCAAUCCCCAAAUGGACGUUCAUCAUUUUCAAAACCUUCCUCUGUAUCAGGGGCUAAUUUUUUCCCCACCGUCGUCAAGCAAUUGGGCGGAAUGCGAAAAUUUCACCACAAAUUACGGUAUUCUAAAUUCUCAAAACCCCGAUUUCUCGGCAGUUUCAACAACCACCUCAACGCAUUCUCCAAUUUCCCCAAAAUUUAACAAUUAUUCGGAUAAAGAAUUGAAACCCACAGAAACAGAGCAACCCACUCAUCAUCCAUGGCAGCUUCCUUCCACCGGCUGCGGCAUCGGCGACAUGUCGAACAGUUACUGGACCUGGGACGACAUCAACACCUUCACCGCAACUGAUCUAAACAUCCCAUGGGACGAUGAACAUGACAUCAAACCUUGAAAACCGAAUCACAUUCCGCCCAACAGUAUAUAUACUACAUAGUUUUUCUUUUUCUUUCUUUCCUUUUGUUCUUGUUAUAUUAUAUAUGAAUUCGAGUUAAAUCCAUUUCAUGAGCAAAAUUGUACCAAAAAUUGACAAUUAGGAAAUGAAGGAUUGUUGCAUAAUGUUGAAAUGAAAUGGAAGAUUGAAGUGAACAGAAAUGGAAGGCAUAGGGGAAAGGGGAAUGGGGUCUGAACCAGUAGGGCUUUUUGGUGACAGAAUGUGAUGGAAGAUUCUCUUUGUGGAUAUAUAAAAUUAAAUUUAUUGAUUUUCUUGUCUAA